UUGUUGUCAGCUGUGCUCUUGAACAUAUUCUUACGCAAGGCUGCUAUUUAACCUAUCUGUUAAAUUAUUAUCGUUCACUGUCAUUUAUAUCGUGGAAACAUUUAAGCAGCAUAACCUGAUUUAGCUUUUGAGGCGGUCAUGGCAACUCAAUCUAGGGAGAGCCCUUGGCUGUGGCUCUGACUAGCGGGGGGACUGACGUCAUGGUUUAAACUUUGAAACGGUGCCCUCCAUGUUUUGGGGAAGUCACAUUUUGACAGCGGAAGACAACUAACAAGAAUGAUGAGAGGCGGCAACAUUUAGCAAUAUUUUAACUGUCAAAAGAAUUUUACACAGACCAAGACGAAAUGUAUUACACGAAUACAGCCUAUUAACAAUUCCUCCACAGCACUGGUUACAUUCAUCGAGAAUGUAGGUUUUUGGAUACAACUUAACUUUUGUAAGAUUUUGAGAAUAGGCUUUUUUACUGAUGAACUGUAAGUUUAGUUGGAAUCACCAAGAAGCUACUUUUCUACAUGGAGAUUUCGUCCGUGAGUCAGCAUCGGACUGAUUGCUUCGCAUGAGGCACUUUUGGACGACGGCUGGGCUCAUUCUGUUCGGAGAAUAAGGAUGAGAAAGACCAAAGCGGGACGACUUUUUCUGGCAACGUGCCUGGGUUCCUUUUUCUUUCUUAUAUUGUAUUUCCAGAACAGUUCUAGAUCUGUGGUUGCACUUGGUGGGGCAAGGACGAACUUCACAGGGAAAUCCCGGAGAAGCCCUCUACAGACGUUGCUCAACAAUGAUCAGCUGGAACAGUCUGCUGUGCAGGCUACCCAGCUGGGCCGCCGUGAGAUGCUGGAGGAGGUCUGUCGCUCUCAUACCCGCAAGAGGCGCGUGCUUACCCCAGAGGACCUGCGCCACCUGGUGGUUGACGACGAGCAUGGCCUGCUGUACUGCUACGUGCCCAAGGUGGCCUGCACCAACUGGAAGCGCGUGCUCAUGGUCCUGACGGGCAAGGGGCGCUACCACGAGCCGCUGGCCAUCCCGGCCAACGAGGCGCACGUGCCCGGCAACCUGCGCACGCUGUCCGAGUACUCCGCCGCGGAGAUCAACCGCCGCCUGCGCAGCUACCUGAAGUUCAUCUUUGUGCGCGAGCCCUUCGAGCGGUUGGUAUCAGCCUACCGCAACAAGUUCACGCGCAGCUACAAUACGGCCUUCCACAAACGCUACGGCACCAAGAUCAUACGGCGUCAUAGGCUUGACCCCAAGCGUGGGUCUUUGGAGCGCGGGGACGACGUCUCCUUCGAGGAAUUCGUGUACUACCUGGUGGACCCGCGGACACAGCAGAAGGAGCCCUUUAAUGAACACUGGGAGCGGGUGCACUCUCUCUGCCACCCAUGCCUCAUCCACUAUGACAUUGUGGGGAAAUAUGAGACACUGGCUGAAGACUCUCGCUAUGUGCUCAAACUGGCUGGGGUGGACUCUGAGGUCCACUUCCCCACCUCAGCUAAGACCACCCGCACCACGGGGGACAUGGCUGCCAAGUUCUUUCGGGAUAUAAGUCCCUUCUACCAGAAGAAGCUCUUCAACCUCUACAGGAUGGACUUCUUGCUUUUCAACUACUCCACACCAGCUUACUUGAAGUUAAUGUGAAGAUAGGUACAUUUUCCCACCAAUGUCAAUGUUUACUUCUUCGGAAUGUUUUGUGCUUUUUUACUGAUUGUGAGGCCCCAAAUGUAACUACUUAAGGGACAGUUGCAGAACAAUUGCUUAAUGGGGUAUCUCUCUUGUGAAAAAAAUUGCAUAGCUUGAAGACAUUGGCACAAAGUUCAGAGUUUGCAACAUGAGAUUUUACAAAAUGGCUGCCUCUUGGACCUAAAGUGCCUUAUGUGUCAGCUGAGUGUGGAGCGGGAUUCUUCCUCAGAAGACAAAGGCAGUCAGUUGUUAAGACACAGCUUUCUUUUGAGUUCCAUUCCAUGCAUGUUUCUCGACUUUAUAUUUACGUUACUGUCAAAUGUAUUUAUUGUGGAUGAAGACUAAAUUAAAUCAUCACGUUACAUGAUAUUUCUUAGGGUUCUGUGUAUGUGUGUUUUCAAUGAAAGAAAUCAAUGUGGACCCACAUGGAAUUUGAACGGAAUUUAAUUUUUACCCUGCUUUCCCUGUUGACUACUUGAAGAUAAUAAAACAGCCUCAGAUCCUGUAAAGAACUUGAGUUUGUGGAGUAUCACUUCACUCUCUAACAUUGAGUUUUAAAGUUAAAAUUAAACAUCGAGAUGAUGUGAACUGUGGCAGACUUGCUGUAACUGGUAGGUUUCCACACUAAUGAAUAAAAUAGCAAAGGUUGCUUCUCACAGAGUUCCCUCUUUAUUUAGCAUGAUCAGACUGUGUAAACAGCACAUAGCUGUGGUUUGGACAAACUUAGACCCUCAUCAGAGCCUUCCUUGUUGAACUAUAGAAGGCAGUAUGAGGGGCAAACUACCUGCUGGUCACCAAAGAUCCAGAUGAGAAGAUUAUGUGAAAAACACCCAUCUCUACCUACAUAUGGCCAGUUUGAAAAGUGAUCAAGUUGCUGAAUAAACAUCUAAGCCUAAAA